UUGUUAAUUAAUUAUUAUUUAUUUUUCUUUUCUUUUCUUCCAUUAGACAGAAAUAGACUAAUAACCAGAUUGGGUCCAGACUAUUUUCAGUCGAAAUAUUAUUUCGUAACAGACAAAUUUUAUCUUCACUUCCAAUUAAUUACUUACAAAGAUAAUGGUAAUAAUAACAUAAAUAAAACAAUCAAAGAAUUAUUUUUUAAUGUUGCAUAAUUUAUAGCCGUGGAAAAUAACCGCGGUUGGUCUCUAGUUGUUGACUCGAAGAUUUGGUUUUGUAUUUAUUGUAUUUUUAACAAGUAUACCUCUGUUACAUUAUUGUUAAUUACUGAAGAAUCAAACUGAGACUGAAGUUGAGUUUUUUUCGAGGCGUACCUGUUUUUGUUUUUCGAUUUAAUAUUAAAAACGAAGGUUGUGUAUGUUAAUUAAGUUAUUGAUUUAAAAAAGAUAAUGAGAUACGUUAUCUGCUAACUAUUUGAGAAAAAUAAAAAGAUAAGUGUCGAAAGAGUGUAAGUGUUCGACGUUUUCAGUGUUGGGUUUAGGCGUGAGUUUGAAGAUAGUAAUAGAAAGGAAAAAUUAUAAAGGGAAAUUUAAAAUGUCGAAGAAGAGUCAGGAAAAUGGUGAUCGGCCUAAAGCGCCUGAUGGUGGCUGGGGAUGGUUUGCUUGUCUUGGCAGCAGUUUUAUUACGUUGUCACUAAGAUCGCUGGAGCCAUCCUUUGGGUUGAUCUUCCAUGAUCUACUGACAGAUUUAAAAAUCGACUCAACAAGGAUGUCGACAUUCCCAAGUGUUUUCGAUGCAUGUUCAAAUUUCUCAGGAAUAUUAGUCGGACCACUGCUGAAUAAAUUUUCCUACAGAAAAGUUGCAGUUUUUGGAUCCUUGCUAUGUUGCACUGGACUGACACUCACAGCGUUUGCAAAGAGCGCCACGCAUAUUAUUUUAACCUACAGUAUUUUAAACGGUAUCGGCAACGGUUUAGCACUAGCUUCAGCUUUCAUAGCAUUAAACACAUACUUUGAUAAAAAACGCGGCCAGGCUGUCAGUUACUCAUCAGCGGGCACUGCAAUUGCAAUGAUGAUUGUCCCCCAGGCAAGUCACUUUUUACUUGGUCGCUACGGCUUCCAAGGCACCAUGAUGAUAAUCGGCGCCUGGACGAUGCAUUCUAUUGUCGGAGCCUGUUUACUUCGGCCACUCAAAUUUCCUAAAAAGAUUAUCGAAACAGAAAUGAAGAGCAAAGUUUCCGAUGAAACAGAACUGCCGCUGAUGGAAAAGACACUGAAUGAAUCUCCGAGUAAAUUAGACUCAAAACCUGAAAACGAGUGUCUGAAUUUUCUCAAAUCAUUUACGGACAUAUUUAACUUAGAUUUACUUAAAAAUUUUUCGUACUUAAAUGUCAUCUUCGGGCUGAGUCUCUUUGCCGUUUCUGAGGUUAACUUCAAGUUGGUUACGCCAUUUUUUUUGCGUAACAGUAUUGGAAUGACUGAAGGUGAAGUUGCGUUUUGUUUAUCAUUGACAGCAUUUACCGACAUCUUUUCGAGAUUAAUGCUACCGGUUAUUUAUGAUAAGUUUGGGUUUAAAAAGCGACGUAUUUUUUGGGUUAAUGCGCUUUGCCUCGCAAUUGGAAGAUCUAUUUUUGCGGAACAAACAAAAGGAAUGUGGUUGUUUGCAAUCCUGUUAGUAAAUGGAUUUAUUCGGGGAGCAGUCAUCCAAAAUUUGAAUCUCUCUGUCUCAGAAACAUGUUCUUUGAAAAGUUUACCUCACGCUUAUGGAUUUUUUAUGGUGUUCAAAGGAGUAUCUUCGCUUUUAUUAAGUCCAAUUGUUGGAUACAUCAGAGACUACAGUGGUAGUUACAGAAUUUGCUUGCAUGCGAUGAACUUUUUGGUGGUGAUAUGCUUUAUAAGCUGGAGUUUAGAAUUUGGGUGGGCUGCUGUAAAAAGCAGAAGGAUAGCAAUGAAAAUCAACCAGUUUUAGUUAGUUAAUUUAUUAUUAUUAUGAAUAUAAAUGAAUUAGUUAAUUGAUCGAUUGAAUCUUAAAAAUGAUGUUUGU